UUGCGUAAAACCUGAGUUGCGGCUUGACCGGAGCUUGGGUAGCUCUCCACACACUCUUCGCAUGGAUACAUUGCGACACUUGUAUGAAAAACGAUUGAGGCCCUCAAGUAUCAUGUUUUUUCCGGUAGGACUGCAGAUAGCAGCUGAGGAGGAGCGAACCAUCGGAGAGAGUGACAAGAGACUGCAGCAUAGCAGGUUAUACUCUUUGUUUCCUCUAAGAUGUAUCACCUUCACACAACUACCAACUUCAAAAACUCAUGUUGAAGCUAGUCUUAAGCUGCAUCUGCUGAGUACACGGCAUAGGGCGACUAACUGACGCAUAAAUACUCAUUGUGACUGGUAUCUCCCUUUCACUGUAAUAACAUGAACUUCCUCUACUCUUUGAGGGCUCUCGGAGCUGCAUCGGCUAACCUGGCUAGUGCAGUACCUGGAGCAGCACUCUCGCUGAUGGGAGGCUACGUUUGUGCCGCUGCCGCGAAUAUAACGUGGGCUUCGGAUCAGCUUCGAGCAAUAAGAACCGGAGAGCUGCUAGCUCAGAGGACAGCUCUUAAGGUUACACUCGAAGGUGGUAUGCCAUAGGAGGGUCUCCUCCUCGCACUCAUAAGCGAGGGAGCUGUAUGUAAGUACCCUAAAAGUGGCCCCUCUCUCUGAGCAUACGAGGCAUCCACCUGUGUAUCUCUCUAACAAGGACCACUACUUGGUCCUGCUGAAGUUCUACUCUACUACGCUGGCGAGACUAUUCCUGAUUGCCCUUCUGCUAGGUGAAGGCGAAUGGAAUGUACAGCGAAUGAAGAAUGGACUGGUCUUGGCGAGUGCUAUAUACCUUGCGUUUCAGCUAGCUGAGAUUGCGCGGUGCUCUGCAGCUGUGAUGACGUCAAGCUUCAGGGCGCUCCGAGUGCUACAGGCGUUACAGAAUGCUGAACAGCAUGAACUGAGGGCUUCCUCAGUUCCACGUAAUAGCUCAUUCACCUACUCUCAUUAAAGAGAAAGUUGGAUUCUCUGAUGCUAAUGAAUAACGCCAUUGCUGAGUGCUCGGAAACUCAAGCAUGGGGCUAAAUGACCAGAGAACAGAGAUGAAUUCUUCCUCCUGUAAUCUUAGUAAGACGCCUCUUGUUGCGCAAAGAUGUGCACUAUGCACCAUGAUGGAAAGGUAGUACAACUAAUAU